AUCCUGCAGGACAUUCAGCUCCGCAACGGGACAGCAAACGAAGAGAUUGCCCUUGCCUGUGCCUCUCCCUCUCUCUUGGCCUCGGGGACGGAAGUUGCCUUUCUAGUUGCUCCCUGGAUGCCAGGCGAGAGCCAGCAAUAACUUUCCACUCCGCGUGUAUCCUCUUUUUAGACGCCCCGCGCUCUCACACAGGAGAAGGCAGGGAGCUCGAAACUCAGAGUGGGAGUCCGGCGUGACUGAAACACGGCGCGCCAACCAAUUGGCCCAGCAGACGCCCGCCAUCUACCCCACCGCCAGCUGCAAUUUGAUUGAGUUGAGAAGUUUCAUUCAAGGCAGCGCAAGAGCCUGUUUCAAACUAUGGAGACAGGGGCUACUCAUUUCGGGGACAGCAAACCCGCCAGCGGGCAAAAAAUUAAGAGGCGUGCUCCCCAACCACCAAAACAGCCUCCCAUUGCACAUGACGUUAAUGAACAUAAAGUAAUCCCAACCCUAGGAAUGUGGUCAGAUCAAAAUAUCUUAACUAUGAAGGGAAAUUUGAUUAAAACCAUAGUGGACAUUCUGGUAGUUUUUCCAGAUGGAGAAGAACAGAAAAAAACUGUACAUGGGAGCAAACCUGUGAUGGAUCUGUUUGUAGAGUUGUGCAGCCAGUACCACUUAAACCCAGCCCACUAUACUUUUGAGUUGCAGUCUGGGAAGACACAACAAUCUGUGAGUUACAAGCCAAAUACUUUGAUAGGGACAUUAGAUGUACAGAAGAUACUUCUAAAAUUGAAGGUUCCCGAAGAAAAAAAAAUUAAGCGGCCUCCACCAAAGAUUCCUGAGAGAACGGUGCGACUGGUAGUAAAUUAUUUGAAGACACAAAAGACAGUAGUUCGAGUGAAUCCUGAAGUUCCUCUUCAGAGUAUAAUCCCAAUCAUUUGUGAAAAGUGUGAAGUUAGUCAGGAAAGCAUUGUUCUCUUAAGAGAUACUUUCACUGGCGAAAAAUUGGAAUUGACAAAGUCAUUGAAUGACCUAGGGAUAAAGGAGCUUUAUGCCUGGAACAAUCAAAAAGAAACAAAAAUAUCAACUGGUUGGGACACACCAGUAAAAGAAAAGAAAGGAUUUCUUGGAUUUUUUAGGACAAGUGUGAAGAACAAGGCAGAGAGAUCCUCAAGAAGAAGUUUAGAUCUGGGUCAUGGAGAACUUUUAAAUUCUGCAUUGUAUCGUAAACAAAGCCUUGAUGAAACAGUGAUAGCGGAUUCUUUAGGAAAUUUAUGUUCUGCAAAGGUAGAGCCAUCAUUAUCAUUUGGGAAUAUAUCAGGGACAACUGCAAGCAUUGAAAUAAAGAAGCGGAGACCACCUCCCAUACCAGUAAUUCCACCCUUUUCAGAUGGGAAACCAGACAGAGAAAUAAAAACUCCAAGUCCGAUGUCUCAAUGUUCAUUGCAACAUGAAUUAAAAAAGAAAAAGAGAUGUGCUCCUCCUCCUCCACCAACUCCUAAAAUGCCAAACAGAUUUGAAGAAAUAGAAAAUAAAAGACAAAGUGCAAUUGGUAAUGAACAGCAAGCGCCUCAAAAGCCUCCUAGAGGUAACACACGAGAUCCACCCCAGUUAGUGAUUCCCCCGCCCCCAUCAUACCCUCCUCCUGACAAAGAUACUAUGGACCCAGCUGCAUUGUACAAUGAAGCAGAUGUUACAGACCCAACCCAGUUGGUAUCUAAAAGAAAUGUCCAACUUUUACAUACUUAUAAAGAAGACACUGUAGAAGAAACCAAAUCUUUUAGCUGUUGUUCUAUGCCAGAACGGAAUAUAUAUGAUUCAAAGGUUAUUAAUUUACCCCCUGUUAUUGUACCAUUGGCUUUUCAAAAUGAUGUUAUAAAUUCAAGAGACAAAUCCAUUGAUGUAGAGAAGACCUUGACUGAAAGAGAUUCUGUGUUGGCUGCAAAAGAAUAUAAUGCUUCCUUUAAAAAUGACAAAUCUGAGAAUGUUAAACAAAGGGCUGAUGGCAGAAUGAUGGAAGCCAAAAUUGAGAAUACUGAUAUGUUUAUGGUUGCUGGGGUGCAAAAGGUUCAACAUGCACUAGACAAAAGCCUAGCAGUGACGGAAAAUAUACACAAUGAUUCUAAAAGCCAGUCGGUUGUCUUUGAGAAGAAUGGUGCAUCCAGACCACUUCUACAAAAAUCUGAGAAUCCUUCUGAUGUUUCAUUUCCUGUGCCAGUGACAAUUAUUGAUGAAGUUCCAGAAAAUUAUAUGAUUGCUCACUCCAAUACAGAAGAAGAAGAAAAAUUGUUUUCUAAGAUAGAAACUAGCGAAAAUAUUCCAGUUAGAAUGACUGAUCUAAUUAAAUUUUUUAACACAAAUAAAAAUAUUGAAUCUAUCAGUAAGGAAUGUGUAGGAACAUCUACCUAUUCACCUAAGAAUUUGUCACAAAAAAUUUCUACAGAAAAUAUUUAUGAAAAUAUCAGUGAUGAACUUAAUAAAUGUUAUCUAGAAUUGAAAGGUGCAUCAGCAAAAAAUCCUGCUGAGGAAGAAUCUGACCCAACACAAUGUCCAUGGCGUAGAAACAGUAAAUGUAAAAUCUAUCGCUCCAAAACUAGCCCGACAACUUUUACAGUAAUUCCUCCCAAACCCCAAAUAAGAGAUUUUAACAAAAAUCAGUCUCUUUAUACUGGUGCCAUUAAAAUAGAUGAGUUAGGUAACCUAGUGAAACCAAAUGAGGGUUGUGGUAGAAAAAUUACAGUAGAUGCAACCUCUAAAGUAACUGUUUUUGGCAGAGGUAAAGAAUAUAAGAGGUCACAUUCUAUGGGAAACCAAACUGAAGGAUUACCAUUAGACCAUUCUGUUGAAGCAGAGAUUACCAUUAAUUCCAAACAACCUAAUAAAAUGUCCGGAACUGAACCUGAUUGUAUUAGGAGUCUGAAACCACGAACUUGGCCAAUAGUUGGUUCUAGUGCUGAAAAUAUUGUUGGACCAGAUGAAACGAAAGUCCCUAGUAAUGCCACACAGUUUUCAGGGAAAAGUGUCUUAGCAUCUGUGACCAGUAGGGAGGAUCUCAUGAAUGAUUAUUUAAAUGAUUAUUUAACCACAACUGUUGCCAACUGCAGUGAUCUAACACAGUUUGAAACAAUCCAAAGAAAGCAGUAUGAAGAGCUAAAUAAAACAGAAGGAAUGAAAACUGAAAUGGAGCCAUUUUCUAAAGGAUGUAUUCUUGCAGCCAAAUACUGUCCACUGAAAGCAAAAGAACUGUAUUCAACUACCUUCAGUUGUAGUAAAAAUGUGUCAAAUACCAGUCCAUCUUGUGCUGAUCCUAAGGUAUCAAAUAUCAAGACACCAAAACAAAACUCUACUAAUAGCAUUAGUGGGACAUUUACUAUAAUAACCUCUAACGAAAACAACCUUACAGAACAGGAACUCAUCCAUGAUUUAGUACAAGAUGUAACAGAUGAAGAAACGACUUUUGUAGUAAUAAAAAAGCCAUCUGAUCAGGUUAGCUCUCCCUUUUUAUUUAGCAAACCUAAUGCUGAUUCAUCUACCACAAUAUUUAGCUCCCAUGUGAAUUCAAGCAAUAUACCAUCAACAGCAAUGUUGAACCAAGCAAUUUCAGAAAAAGAUGAAAAACUUGGCAAGGCAGAGAGUAAUCUCUGUCCUAAUAAAAUAGAGGACAAUGUCUACAAUAUUUUUGGGCCAAUGAAGAAGUUUAAAUCAGUCAUCCAGAAGCCACUUCCAAAAGAUACAUCACUACAUAGUGCUUUAAUGGAAGCCAUUCAAAACGCAGGAGGAAAAGAUAAGCUUCAAAAGAUUUCACACAGUACUGUAGGUGGAAGCCCGAAAGAGUCAAAGUUCAUGGAAACAGAGAGUGAGUGUUCAGCUCUUUUGACAGCUAUUAGAGGGCACAGUGGAAUCUCAGUGUUAAGAAAGAUUUCUUCAUUUGCUUCUGAUGAGGUUCAGGGAUUCCAAAAUGCAGAACAGGUUUUGAAGGAUAACAGCAACUCCGCACAAAAGCAGCAAUAUCAUCCCCCACCACCACCUCCUUCGCCAUUAUCUCCUGCACAUUUGGGAAUGGAAAAAGCCCAUCCUCUUCCAAGAAUGACAGACAGCCCAGGGAAUUCAAGGCAGGCCUUAAUGGAAGCAAUCCGCUCAGGAGCUGGGAAAGCACAUUUGAGAAAGGUGCCUCUGUGUGAAAAUUAGAUGCACCUGUCCUACAACUCUGAAGCACUGUGAUAGAUUAAAAUGGUCAUCCCUAAUAGAAAAAAUGCAAGUCUCUUCCCAAUUUGUUUAAAAGUGACAUUAAAUAUCUAUGAUUCUGUUUAUGUGCCAAGGGUCUAGGAACAACCUAUUUUCAGAGUUAUAUCAAGCCAAAAUAGCAAGUUACCAAAUUAAUGAACCUGGAAUGAAUAGUCACUGAGAACACUUUUUAGUUCUUUAAGACUAUUUAAAUAUAUUUAUGGAUCUGAAGCACAUCACUCUUCUGUUCAUUAAGUGAUUUAAACCAUCUAGCUGUUACAAACCAUUUAUUUAUUUUUUCCUCUUUUUAAAUAUAAAAAUACCUAGGAAUACAAGUAUUCCAGGUGAUUUUUUUGUAGCUCCAAGAUCAAAGCCAAAUUUUACAUAUCCUCUUUUGUUUGUUUUGUUUUUUUGUUUUUUGUGUAUGUGUGUUUUUUUUUAAUCAUUGGGUUUAAAAUGGAUAUCUUAAUCUUGGUUGUGACUUAAGUUACCUAUUUCAUCUCUAAAAAAAUUUCUGAAACCUAUCCCUAAAACAAGUUCGGGUUCAUUUAUUUUGGAAUGAGACUUUCAAUAUACUACACAAAACUGAUGCAGCCCAUGAGUCAACUGUUUACACAAUUCUGCAAUAGAUGUUUUAAAAUAAACUAAAAGUGAUUAUGGUAGAAAAUAAAUAGUUUAGAAUGCCAUGUGCUGUAAUUGCCACUUAUUAGUUAAUUAAGUUGCAAUGUUUGAGCUAUCCAACUUAUUACUAUCAAAAUGGACAAUCUAUUUGAUAGGCUACCUUAGAGACAUGAAAUAGUAAUAUCUACAAAUUUGCUAAACUGGGACGAAAAAUAAUGCUGGCCUGUAUGUUAAACUGUUGUUAGUGGCUCUGCCCAAUAGUUUCUGCAAGCAUGUCCAUUGUAUUUAACGAGAAUAUGGCAGUGCCCUUUCACAAUUCCCAACAAUAUGACUCGCAAAAUAGGAACAUGUCGGUGAGUAAUGCUCCAACUAAGAAAUCUAAUCUGUUGCUUCUUAGGUGGUUUAUGGUUCAAAAUAGUUCUAACUAGGUUCAUUUAGAUAUAGUUCAUCUAGGACUAUACCAAUCCCUUAACACGUUUCAGUGAUAUGAAGAAAACCUGUAGAACAUGUAUAAUUUGGAGAAAUCUGCCAUUAAAAAAAUUAACAUAAGUAUAAUUUUGUUUUACAUGUUAUUGAAGAUAACUUGAACUAUAUUCAAUGUAUUAUGUUUAAUAAUUAUGAUGUUAAAUAAUUAUGAUGUUAAAUAAUUAUGAUAAAUAAUUAUGAUGACAGUGCAUAUGGCAGGCACUGGAUUUUUAAUGUAUAUUACUGCUAGAUUACAUAAUCUUGCUCUUUUUUAGAAGUGCUACUACUCAUCUACAGUGACUACAUGUAAUAUACUGUAAAAUAUUAAUUUAAUUUAGUGCCACAGAUGAAACAAUCACAAGACAUGUGAUGUUGGCUUCAAUUUUGAAUUUGGAUUUUCAUUUGAUUUAUAGGAGUAUGUA